AUGGUGUCCCUGUGGCCCUUCAAGGGAGAAGAUAACUCUCCGGCUUCAUUCGAGAAGGCCCUUUCCACUCUUUCGACCAAAAUUGCCCAAACCACCUCUCGGUUGGAUACUCACCGCCAAAAUGCCCGUCGUUUCAAAGCCCUUUGGACUCUGUACACCACCUUCGCUUAUCUGCUCUACUCGAUCAUCUUGGCCCUCGUUUUAGGAUGGGAGAACUGGGGUGUGAAGGAAUACUCGGCGAUCGCCGGCGGUCCCGUUUUGAUCUACGUCGUUCGCGCAGCAGCCAGCAAAUAUUUCGACUACCGCAUUAACAAAUCGCAACGGUAUCUGGAUGACCUCCAGAAACAGCGCGACGAAACAAUCGAAAAGCUCAAGGUCGCUACGAAGUACAAUUCGACUCAGCAGCUGCUGGAGAAAUACGCGGGGGAGUCGCCGACACCCGAACGCGCCAGCAAACCUGGCACCGAGAAACGCAAGUCGGAAGCCAAGCGCAACAAGCCCGCGAACCCUCCGGCCCCGAUCCAGCGAACCGGCCUCGCGCCUCCUCCGACGGCCAACAUCCCACGACCGACCCCUCCCCAAUCGCCUCAACCCGCUCCCUCGCCCGACCUGCAGCCUCCGUCCCCGUAUGCUGGCUCCCCCUUGCAGGCUGCAGACACCCCGCAACCGCAGUCCCCGCCGCCGCCUUCCGCAUUCGACGAACCCGGAUUCGCUCCCAAUGCGUUCUCCAGUGCGCCGCAAUACGUCGAGCAAACCCAUUGGUAUGAUCGCUUGUUGGACGUGCUCUUGGGCGAGGACGAGACACAGCCCAAGAACCGGAUCGCGUUGAUUUGCGCCACCUGCCGACUUGUGAACGGCCAGGCACCUCCGGGCAUCAAGACACUGGAAGAACUUGGCCGUUGGCGCUGUGGCAGCUGCGGAUCGUGGAACGGCGAGGAAAGCGAGACCAAGAAGGUUCUGGCUGGGAUUCGCAGGCCAGCUACGCAGAGAUCAUGGGUAUCCGCUCCUAAGGCUGAUCCCGAGACGGCUUCCUCGGGGGGCGGCGCCACCGAUGAAGGUGUGAUGGUCGCAGCUAGCGAGGAUGACGCGGGAUCGCGAAGCUCUGAUGGCGAGGUUCCGGUUGGAAAGGAGGAAGAGGAAGGGGAAGAAGUUGUUCCUGAACCUGAACCGGAGCCGGAGCCUAAGCCGAAAGCAACCCGAGGACGUCCCAAGGGCAGCAAGAAGAAGAAAUGA